AUGAAGUCUUUACUGAGAAAUGCCUCCACAACCUUAAACCCUAACACCAAAAUUUUCACAAAGCUUCUCCCUUUAAUCCACCAAACCCUCACAAAACCCUUCUCCCAAUCAACCACCAUCCCCACAAAACAAGACCGAGUCCGCGACCAUGGCUACGACAACUACAUGGAAGUUGAGAAAAAAAUCCGCAAAGUCGUCAAAUUUCACAACCUAAUCCUCUCACAACCCCAAAACACAAUCCCAAUCUCUCUCCUCGACAACUUAGCUCGCCGCUUAGGCCUCGGCUUCAAGCAGCACGAGCCUGGCGCUUUCCUCCUCAAGUUUCCUCACGUCUUCGAAGUCUACGAGCAUCCUGUUCAGAGAAUACUCUACUGUAGGUUAACAAGAAAGGCUCUUGAUCAGAUCCGUGAUGAGCAAGAAGCUGUGAUCUCUCAGAUACCUGAGGCUGUUACUAGGUUGAGGAAACUUGUUAUGAUGUCUAACACUGGUCGGAUUCGGUUAGAACACGUUAGGAUUGCUAGGAGUGAGUUUGGUCUCCCUGAGGAUUUUGAGUACUCUGUGAUUUUGAAACAUCCUGAGUUCUUUAGGCUUGUGGAUGCUGAUGAGACUAGAGAUAAGUAUAUAGAGAUUGUUGGUAGAGAAGAGAGUUUAACUCAUUGUGCUAUAGAGAGAGUUAGAGAAGUUGAGUAUAGGACGAAAGGGAUAGACGCAGAGGAUGUUAGAUUCUCUUUCAUUGUGAACUUUCCUCCUGGUUUUAAGAUUGGGAAGUACUUUCGUAUCGCUGUUUGGAAAUGGCAGAGGCUUCCUUACUGGUCACCUUACGAGGACAUCUCUGGUUAUGAUUUGAGAUCGUUGGAAGCGCAGAAGAGGUUGGAGAAGAGAGCUGUUGCUUGUAUCCACGAGUUGUUGUCUUUGACUGUUGAGAAGAAGAUUACUCUUGAGAGGAUUGCUCAUUUCAGGAACGUUAUGUGUUUGCCUAAGAAGCUGAAGGAGUUUCUUCUGCAGCAUCAGGGGAUAUUCUAUAUAUCGACACGUGGAAAUUACGGGAAGCUUCAUACUGUGUUUUUGAGAGAGGCGUAUAAGAGAGGGGAGUUAGUGGAGCCGAAUGAGGUUUAUUUUGCUAGGAGGAAGUUGGCUGAGCUUGUGAUGAUGAGUCCUAGGAAGGCUAAGGUUGAUGCUGAGCUUGUUAGGUACAGGAAUGGAUUUGAUGAUGAAGAUGAUAGUGAAUGA